UCUAUAUAGUGGAUUGGAAAAUAUUAAGCUGAGAAAAUGAUGAUGCAACGCGAAAAAUCAUUUGAAAAGCCCACCCGGAUUGAGGGCACACCCUAUAUUGCCGAGGGUAUGGAGGGCAAAGAGGCCCACAACACAUGCUUGGUGUUCUCGACCAAAGAUCAGAGCAGUGGUUCAUUGGCCAAGUCAUUGAAAAUCUUCAAUAAACAUAAUGUCAAUUUGGUGCACAUUGAAUCUCGCUCUUCGCUGCGUGUACCCGGUUAUGAAUUCUUUGUUGAAUGCGAUGGCAAAACUGGUGGUUUGGGUGAUGCUAUUGCUGAGCUGAGAGAAACAUGCUCUUACUUUAAUAUCAUCUCCCGGGAUUACAAGGAUAAUUUGUCGGCUGUACCAUGGUUUCCACGCAGAAUACGUGAUUUGGAUCGCUUUGCCAAUCAAAUUUUAAGCUAUGGCGCCGAAUUGGAUUCAGAUCAUCCUGGAUUCACCGAUCAGAAAUAUCGUGAAAGAAGGAAAUAUUUUGCUGAUAUUGCCUAUAACUACAAACAUGGCCAACCUUUGCCCCAUGUCGAAUAUACACCAGAAGAAAUCGAAACUUGGGGUAUUAUGUUCAGACAUUUGACAAAGCUAUAUAAGACCCAUGCCUGUAAGCAAUAUAACCAUGUCUUCCCCUUGUUGGUUGAUAAUUGUGGUUUCCGUGAGGACAAUAUUCCACAAUUGGAAGAUGUUUCGAAUUUCCUGAAGGAUUGUACCGGUUUCACACUUCGUCCCGUAGCCGGCCUUUUGUCAUCUCGUGAUUUCCUUGCUGGCCUAGCAUUCCGUGUCUUCCACUCGACACAGUAUAUUCGUCAUCCCAGCAAGCCCAUGUACACACCAGAACCCGAUGUUUGUCAUGAGCUGAUGGGUCAUGUGCCAUUAUUUGCCGAUCCUGACUUUGCACAAUUCUGUCAAGAAAUUGGUCUGGCCUCGUUGGGUGCCCCUGAUGAUUAUAUUGAAAAAUUGGCAACCAUCUUUUGGUUUACCGUUGAAUUUGGUCUCUGCCGUCAAGAUGGUGAGCUGAAAGCCUACGGUGCCGGUUUACUAUCGUCCUACGGUGAAUUGCAAUACUGUUUGAGUGACAAACCCCAAUUGAAAGAUUUCGAUCCAGAAAUUACCGGCACUACCAAAUAUCCCAUUACACAAUUCCAAGAAGUCUAUUAUGUGGCUGACAGCUUUGAAAAUGCCAAAGAAAAGACUAUUAAAUUUGCCAAUUCCAUUCCCCGCCCCUUCGGUGUACGCUACAAUGCCUAUACCCAGAGCAUUGAAGUUUUGGAUUCUAAACAUCAAAUAUCGGAGCUGAUGAACAACAUCAAUUCCGAAUUCCAAAUAUUACAGAAUGCUGUACAAAAAUUGAAAAUCUAAUUGAAAACACAAACAACAACAACAAAAACUU